UGGCACCAGCUCUGACACAUAACCCAGCAUCUCAACACAAAAAGGUCUCAGCACGAACCAUCAUGGAAGCUGCCAUCUGCACCAUUGUCACCCAGUUCAAGACGUUCGCUGGGAAAGAUGGGUCCUCCAGCACCCUGAGCAAAGAAGAAUUCCACAUCCUGGUGACCUCCCAGCUGCCCAACUAUGUCAAGAACGCCGACGAUCCCGGGGCCAUCGAGCAGCUCAUGGGCUCGCUGGAUGAAAACAACGACGGGGAGCUGAAUUUCUCCGAGUUCUGGCAGCUGAUUGGAAAGCUGGCAAGCAAGCAGGGAGGCUUCAGUCAGUAGAGAGCCCGCCUUCGUCUGUCAGUGUGGGCUUUGAGCAGAUUGUGCAACAGCAACGAACCCCAUGUUGAAGCUGUCAAACUGUAAAAUCAAAGGCAUUCGAAUGCUUUCAUCACCCCACCAGUGCCACAUGUGUAACUCUUUAGUUAACCAUUUCUUGAAUGGAGGGAACUUUGAAUUAAAAGGCUUCAUUGUCUUGAACCCUCA